UCCAUUCUCCUCGUUAGUAUUAAUUUGGACCAGAAUUCUCAUCCACUUUGUCCAUAAUUAUGAACUUUGUCAACUUUUUGAUUGGGGUGACGAGCUUUUGUCUCCUCCUCCUUCUCACACAUUCUGCCAGCCUGAGUGGUGGGGACGAGGUCAGAGCACCAGCCCCACAAUGUCCCACGGACGGGUCGUGUCAAUUGCCAACUUGUCACUGCGCCAGCACGACGCCGCCAGGGGGACUUUUCGGACCGAACGUUCCACAAAUCGUCUACUUGACCUUUGACGACGCCGUGACGAUCGUGAACCACCCGUUUUACGCGAGUGCCUUAUUUAACCGGAAGAACCCGAAUGGAGCCUCCAUUUCGGCCACGUUCUUCAUCACGCACGAGUACUCGAACUACUCACUCGUCCACGACUUGUACCGCAAAGGACAUGAGAUCGCGCUGCACAGCAUUACUCACACGACGACGACGCAGUACUGGGCAAACAUGAAUGAGUCCGUGUGGAAUGCAGAAAUCAUCCAGCAAGGGGAGCAGGCCUCACAUUUCGCACGAUUCGACAGAAACCUGAUUCGCGGAAUGCGCGCCCCAUUUUUGCAAACGGGAGGGAACACGAUGUACCGCGCGUUGUCGCAGGGCGGCCUCACGUGGGAAUGUUCCAGACCGACGUAUACAUACCGGAAGCCAGGACUUUGGCCGUACACAAAUGACUUCCGUUCGAUUCAAGAUUGUCAAAUAGCUCCGUGUCCGGACGAAGCCUUCCCAGGAUUCUGGACCGUUCCAAUGCUGGAUUUUAUAGGGGAUGAUGGCUUCCCGUGCGCCAUGGUGGACGAGUGCACUCCAGUUCCAAAGACGCAGCAAGAUACGUUCUCUCUCCUGCUGCGAAACUUUAACGACUUGUAUACCACGAAUCGAGCCCCGAUGGGAGUUUUCACCCACUCUGCGUGGCUUAUCGGACCUGUGGACAGGCCAGAAUUUGCUGAAAGGAUGGCAGGAUAUCUUCAAUUUUUGGACCAUUUGGGCUCCCUUCCCGACGUUUACAUGGUGAGCGUGUCGCAGGCGUUGGAGUGGGUAAAAAAUCCGACCGGAGUCGCGGAUAUUGACACGUUUCAGCCAUGGGCUCCAAAACCAGAGGCGACGAAUAACUGCGUAUUUCCGAGAAAUUGUAGAUAUGAUAAUAGCACUUGGGAAAGAUUUAUGAGCGCCUGCGUCCCCUGUCCCCUCAACUAUCCCUGGGUUUACAAUAAUCUCGGAGUUAAUUAAAAAAUAAUCAAUAAAAAAACUUGUAAAUUUUAAUGAAUAAAUUGAUUUCUAUGUAUUUCGACUGCA